AUGACUGCGUCAACUGUACCCAGUAUAGAAUCUCUAUUGCAAUGCUCUGCAAAACGUACAAGAGCCAUGUUUCAAUCUGGUGUCGCUGCAAGUCCACUCAUUGAGGAUGAAAGUCAAAUAAUCAAGUUACGUAUAAAGAUCCAUGAAUAUGAUGAUGUCAAAGAAUUACCAAAAGCUUUAGUGGCGCAACAAAAUGUACAAAAUGUACAAAAUGGUCCUCCUUAUCCUUCGACACCUGAUGCCACGCUUUCAAGCGAUAACAUAACGGAAGGACAAAUUUCGGAGAGUAGUGUACAAAAAUUAGUAGAAAGUCUUCCUCCAUCACGCGCUCAACAAGAAGCUGCGAAAAUACCAUCCGGGGUAAUAGAAAUUCGUCAGAAAGUUGGGAUUAAUGCUACAACUGCAGCUACAUCUGGUUCAUUAAUAAGACGUAAGGUUCCCCGCGUUACUCGCCCAGGUUGGCACCCACCUUGGAAAUUAAUGAGAGUCAUUAGUGGACACUUAGGUUGGGUACGGUCUGUUGCUGUGGAACCCGGGAAUAAAUGGUUUGCAACUGGCGCUGGUGAUAGGACUAUUAAGAUAUGGGAUCUUGCAUCGGGUACUUUAAGGCUUACCUUGACAGGACAUAUCUCUACUGUUCGAGGACUAGCCGUAUCUCCACGCCAUCCAUAUUUAUUUUCAUGUGGCGAAGAUAAGAUGGUUAAAUGUUGGGAUCUUGAACAAAACAAAGUUAUCCGACAUUAUCAUGGUCAUUUAUCAGGAGUUUAUUCAUUGAGUUUACACCCUACAUUAGAUGUACUGGUUACUGCUGGAAGAGAUGCCACUGCUAGGGUGUGGGAUAUGCGAACGAAACAAUGCAUUCACGUUCUUACCGGACACAACACAACCGUAGCUGACGUAAAAUGCCAAGAAGCCAAUCCACAAGUUCUUACGGGUUCAAUGGACACUACGAUCAAACUUUGGGAUCUUGCGGCUGGUAAAGCAAUGACCACACUCACACAUCAUAAAAAAUCGGUCAGAACGUUGACGAUACAUCCUACUGAAUUUACUUUUGCUAGUGGUAGUGCUGAUAAUAUAAAACAAUGGAAAUGUCCCGAAGGAAAUUUUAUACAAAACUUUGAAGGACAUCAUGCAAUUAUAAAUGCAUUGACUGUUAGUGCUGACAAUGUUUUGUUUUCAGGAGCUGACAAUGGGUCAAUGGCAUUUUGGGAUUGGAAAUCAGGAUAUAAAUUUCAAUCGAUGGAAACAACUGUGCAACCUGGUUCUUUAGAAUCGGAAGCCGGAAUUUUUGCAUGUACUUUCGAUCGUUCAGGCUUACGACUAAUAACUUGUGAAGCAGAUAAAACUAUAAAAAUUUGGAAAGAAGACCCGAAUGCUACUCCUGAAACACAUCCCAUAGAUUGGAAACCAUCAUUAAUUAGAACCAGAUAUUAA